AUGCCCCCAAGACCCAGAUACCAAGUCUACAGUCUCUCCACAAGUAGCUCCCUCCUCAGUACCGAACUCAUCUUCCUCUUCGAUCCCUACGCGAAUACCUCUAAUCCCUCCUCCCCCAAAUAUCUCUACCACCAAUCUGUCUCCCUUCCCUCCUUCCGCUCCUCUUCCAGCCCCCUCCCCACUCUCAUCCAAACCUCCGUCCCCAGAAACCUCGAAUACCUCGGCUACAUUCGCGGCGAAUCCCGCAUGGAGAAGGCAUGCGCGCUAGCUGAAACCUUGCAGCGAGGUAAUGAGCGUCCAUUUAAAGCAUUCACGAACGAUGUUAUAAGAAUUUGGAUUCGAAAGAGGUUGUUACGCUGGAAGCGGGGUCGCAAAUUGUGUGAAGCUGACGAGUCGAUUCUGGACGAGGAAACUCUUGGGACUAGGGAUGGGAAGAGAGGUCUCUCAAGGUACACAAAGGAGAUAAUUAAGGCGGGAGAGAAUGAGAGUGGAGAGCAUGGGGAUGAUGACUCUUCAUCUUCAUCCUCAUCUUCCUAUUCACUUGCCUCCUCUUUAUCAUCUCAACACUCCCUCGGCCGCUCAAACCGUGAAUCCCACCGGCGUCUCUCCCGAGCCCGAACAACCCACCAUCCUCCCUCGAUUACGGACAGCUGGGUCCAAAAAUCCUCUUCCAAACCCCCCAAACAUUUUUCCGUAUCCGUAUCCCUUUCCACAAAUUCAAAUUCCAAUCCCCGACAUAAAUCUUCAUCUCCAUCUCAUUCUCACUCUCGUUCUCACUCUCGUUCUCACUCUCGCUCUCGCUCUCACGCUCCCCCCUCUUCCCACCACGACCAGUACUCUGACUCCGACCACGACUCCGGAAUCGGUAUGUCCGAAGACGAUUUUCACCCUCACGAUGACGAAAACGACGAUGCACAAUCAUAUAUAUCAAAAUCAUCCAUCAACCCCGGCUCCUCCAUCUCGCAUGCCGAUCGUGUCUAUUCUUCUUCUCACUCCCCUCCACCAAAUUCCUCCAAACACGCCCAUUCCAAAGAAGAUGUCUCACCUCCUAUCUCCGACCUCAAGUACCAGCUCGGACAAGAAGAGGCUAUCCGUCGUAGCAUCUUUAAAGCUAAGAAAGCUGAGUGUAUGAAUUCUUCUUCUUUUUCUUCUUAUUCUUCUUCUCAUCACCCCCCUUCUCCUCCUUCUUCUUCUUCUUCAGGCUCAGGUUCAGGUUCACGCUCACAAUCCCGAUCACGAGCACAUUCACAAUCACGAAGAAGUCAAACCCCCACCCAAACAUCCCACAUACCGCGUUCUAAUAACCCGUUUCGACUUUCAGUUGCGGGGGAGGCGAAGCCCGAUCCGUGGGUUGGGCGAUGA